AUGGAGAUGAACCCUCUUGAACUUGGGAGAAUAUCCAUCUUCCCAUCUAUUCAUCCACAGUCUUGUUUCCCAAUCCUUCUCCGGUUCCUUACUGGCGCGAUCCGUGCACCUGAUAAGAGCCAUUAUAAAAAGGGUGCCUUGUAUAAAGCUGCUACAGCGCCAGAAACCCUUUUGCCCCAUCAGGGGUUCCGAAACUCCCUGAAAGGCCAGGAGGCCUCUAUCCCAAGUUUGUACAGCUUGUUCCCAGAGUGGUCCCCAAAAUUGCACGAAGAGUAUGAAAGAGCCCGUGACGAGGUUAUCAACCCUUGGCUUGACAUCUGGGUUGAUGAUCCGCAAACUUGCAUGAAGUUGAAAAAGGCCGAUUUUACCAUCUUCGCAGCGAUUGUCUGUGCGGACGUAUCAUUCGACAAGCUAUGUACAGUCGCCAAAUCAUUUGCAUGGUACUUUAUUUGGGAGGAUCCAAGCUACUUGAAAAAGAGCAAGGAGUAUUUUCAACACCAACUGUUAGAGAUCGGGGAACAACCGGACUUAUCGAGAUUUUCCCAGGAACAGCAAAAGGCUUUACUAUGCUGGGAUGAAGUUGGCCAACACAUCCGCGAGACGUGUAGCAAAAACUUCGGGUCAGAUUCUGACAGGGAGGAUUAUUCAGAUGUGCGCGAAGUGUUUCUCGACAAGAUGCUACGAUACGUAGCUAGCGUUGACACAAUUGACUCCAUUUUCCAGGAAGGAAAGGUCCCCUCGUUAGCAGAAUACUGGCAGAGGCGAAAUCUUACGGCAGGGGUUUAUCCGGUGCUGGCCACUCUCCCUUUCGCCUACGAUAUUGAUAUCUCGAUGGAACACUUGAAAGAUCCAGCAUUUGCGGCUUUGUGGAGACAGACAUCAUAUGUUGUCCAUAUCACAAACGACAUGCUAUCUAUGCGAAAGGAAGCAAGAGACAACCAAAUUGAGAACCUUAUCCCUGUCAUUAUGAUGAACUAUGGGUUGGACUGCGACACAGCAAUGCAAACUAGCUUCCAGAUGGCAAAAGAUGAAGUCAAAGGUAUACGUGUGGUAGAACGCAUGUUCCAAAAGGGAGGCGAAAAUAAUAAUCUUGAAAUACCCGAAAGCCUCGCCGUCUCCUUUACUAAAGGGUGCAAGGACGUUGCCAUGGGACUGAUUCAUUGGAGGUAA